UAUUAAUCUUUCAAAAUGUUUUGGAUGAUUAAGAUAAAACAGGACAGAGAUCAUACGAUAUACAUUUUCGCUCAUAAAAAAUACUUUAAUGAUAAUGUUUUUGAGGUACAAAACAUAAAAAAAUCUAGCCCAUUGCCGAUAACACCGGUCCAAGUUUAAAUUUUAUACAUGUAUGUAUGCGUAUGGUGUUAAGCUAUGUUUAGUUAACGCAAAAUGGGUAGGUGGCGUUAGUAUACAUUACGAUGUAGGAAGUUCGCAGUAGGAAGUUUGCACUCCUUCGGGAAGGGUGUCGAGGAACGUUAGGAAGCGUAUAGGGAAGUGUGUGGUUAGGUUAUUAAAGAAUCAUUAGAAGAAUUAUUGUUCAAGAAGAACAAUGAUGCGUCUUUCGUAGCAGUACAGAAAAGAAUGCCACGAAGUGCUCCUCGUGUCCCGGCUUAGUGGAUAUUAUUAUAGAUAUAUAUAAUUUGCGAAAUUUAUUGUUAAUAAGAGACAAAAUAGUACCUAAAUGUUGCAAUAAAAAACGGUAAUUAAACAUGAAAAGGGUGAAACUUAAGCUGAAGAAACCGAAUCCAUUGUUUGAACUUUGGUUAGAGAAAUGGAGGAAACAGGCUGCGUUCAAAAACCCCGAUUUACAAUAUAGUUUCUCGAAAGCGCUCGCUUCUUUGAGAAAAUAUCCCCUACCGUUAAAGUCUGGAAAAGAUUGUAUAAUAUUACAACAUUUUGGUAAAAAGUUAUGUUUGUUGUUGGAUAAAAGACUUGAAAAGCAUAAAAGUUUGGAGGAUGCCGAUGAUUUUGUUUGUAUAAAUUGUAAAGCCAAGAAAGAGCAUGUAUCUAACGGAGGGCAUAAAUCGAAUGAAAGCGUAGAAAGUCUUAACGAAGACGAUACAAAUAAACAAAUAAUUGAACACGAAGACAAUUUCGUACCACAAAUUCAUAACUCUCAGUCUGCAGAAUUGAUCGAUAAUAAAAAAAAUAGCGAGCAACCGGAUGAGUGUUCUCCGAAACAGAAACCUGAGGAAAAUGAUAUUAAUAUAAAAGAAUCAGAAGAAAAUUUAAACAAAGUUGGAAGCAUCGAUGAACGUAUAUCGAAUAAAGGAGAAGACGAUGCAACGGAUCUUAUCAACAAUAUUCAAAAAGAUAUUUAUUUAAAAUCAAAUGAAUUUGAUAUAAUACUUUUAGUAGAUACGCAAGAAAUUUCUGGCGGUAAAACAAAACCUCAACACGACGCUACAAUAAAGGAAUUAUCUAAACUCGAUAUACCGUUUGAGAUACGUCAUUUAAAGGUUGGAGAUUUUGCAUGGAUUGCCAGAUGUAGAGACACGAACAACGAACUGAUUCUACCCUAUAUAGCGGAAAGAAAGAGAAUAGACGAUUUAAGUGCAAGUAUUACGGACGGAAGGUUUCACGAACAGAAGUUUAGAUUGAAGCAAUCUGGAAUUGAACAUCUUCUGUAUAUAAUCGAAGAACACGAUAAAGCUCAAAGAUUAACAAUACCACAUUCGUCGUUGAUACAAGCUUCCGUUAAUACUUUAAUACAAGAUGGAUUUUCAGUAAAAUAUACAGAAAAUCAUAAAAAUUCUAUGUUUUAUUUGUCUUCGUUAACAAGAAUUUUAAAUGAUGUGUUUAAAGAAAAGAAUUUGGUAGGCUCCAAAAAAGAAGAGCUUGUAGAAACGAAUGUUUUAAAUAGUACUCUUAAACUCAUGGAAUUUAAAGAGUUUAAUAAAGCAGCGUCUAAGCAGAAAGUAUUUAACGUAAGUCAAAUGUUCAUUCGUCAUCUGCUACAAUUAAAAGGGAUAUCUGUAGACAAAGCUUUUGCAAUUGUAGAGCAUUAUCCAACUCCGCAAAUAUUGUUUAAUGCUUUACAAAAAUCCGAUUCCAAUGGAGAUUCGUUGUUAUCGAAUAUUGAGUUUGGAGAUAAAAAAGCGUUGCUUGGAGCAGCCAUCAGUAAAACAAUUUAUCGGUUAUACACAAUGAAAAAUCUAAAUUGAUAAACGAUAUUUUAUACGAAUACAGCACAACAAAUUAUUACUAUUAGAAUUAGAACAGAUAUUAUGAAUUCGUAAACGAACAGCGUAUUGAAAUAUCAAUUUUAAUUGCAAUCAAUCAAACAUACAUUGUUUUAAAUAGGUUUAUUUUAUGCAUGGUUGUUUAUACACGAUAUCUAUAAAUCGUAGUAUAUCCGGCGAGACUGAUUUCUCAUUUA